CGUUGACGUUGAAUGAAGCUUCAACAUCCUAUCGAUAGGCAACUCAUAAUACAUACGCGUUUAAAUAUGUCCUGCCGUUGUAAAACUGUAAACAAAUACCUAUUUACAAUCGUCGUACGGUACGUUUGUUAAACAUUUAUGGGAAAAAGGAAGCAGAAAACUCUCCCCAUGUGUUAAACGAGAGCGAUGUCUGCAGAUAUUUUCCAAAACCGAGACGCCUACCUGCAGAACACAUACUUUCAACAUCACAAACGAGAAUACGGCGACUACACCGCGUUCUACAUAACCGUUGCGAUUUGUACAGUUUUGUUCACCUUUAUACUUGUACUAAACAUCGUGCUCGGUUGCUGUUCCCGUUACUCAACUUACUGGAACGACCGACAUACAGGAAAUCGGUGGCUAGUUUCGCUCUGGACCGCAACCCCCCACAAUCAGCCAUCGUUAGACUACACCGAACUGCAGUGGGUCCACAGUGAAAAACCCAAAGCGUACAACAACUACCCCCAGCCACCGUCGCCUUUACAGCCACGAAAAGAAAUAGGAUUCAUCUAUUCACCUCCACCUCAACAACCGGUCGAGCCGGAAUUAUUCGAACUUCAGCAAAAGCGUGAAAGCGCAAUUUAAGCACAAUGUUCUACAUCUACUGGCCUUUGACCGCCUUUCUAACUCUAUUCCUCGUAGUAGGGGCCAUCAUCAUACUGUUAAGAUUCGGGCCGGUCAUCUGCAGAACUCGCCACGUCACGCUACCCGAUCGUGACGAUU